AUGGCGCCCUCCAAGAGCAAGCCCGGCGGCCGCUCGGAGCCCCGAUCCCCCACGACUUCGGGCUCGUCCUACUCCGGCUCCGAGUCGUCCGCGACGCCCAGCAGCUCAUCUUCGGGGAGCAAGCGCCGCAGCGCGUCGCCCGCAUCCCCGCGCAGGGGGCCGCCCGCGGGCCGACAGGACCGGCAGGAUCGGCCGCGUGAGAGGCCCCCCUCGCGCGAGCAGGAGGCAAGGCGAGGCGGCGCGGAGAGGGGCAGGGGCCAGGCGGGGAGACAGAACUCAGGGGCGGACGCGGGCGGGCCGGGGAGGGACAAGCCCAUGAAGCGGGGCCCGCCCAGCCCGGAGGCGGGGCACGGGGAGAACGACGCGAGGCGGAAGUUGCCCAAGGAGAGGGAUGCUAGCCCCCCCCAGACCACCAGGCUGCACGUUGGGAAGCUCACAAGGAAUGUGUCGGCUGAGCAUGUGAGGGAGAUAUUUUCCAAUUAUGGCAAUGUGACAUACGUGGAUCUUGCGAUCGACAAAGCUGUGAAUCUCCCCCGGGGUUUCGCUUAUGUGGAAUAUGAUAGUAAAGAGGCAGCAGAGAAAGCUCAGGCCUACAUGGAUGGUGGCCAGAUUGAUGGCAGCAAGAUCAGUGUACAGUUCGUUCUGGUACCACGCAAGAAGAUGCCUUCCCCCGUUCCUCAUCGUGCACCCCCCAGUCCUCCCAGGCGAGAUGCACCACCACAAAGGGAACGGGGCAUGGAGCGGGAAAAGGAAAGGGAAAGGGAAAGGGAAAGGGAAAAGCCAAGAGACAAGGAUAGGGAGCGGCGGAGCCCCAGACGGCGGUCCCCUGGGACCAGGCGUGCACCAGUCUCCCCCAGGCGACACUCACCCCCACCCAGGAGGAGGUCGCCACCACCAAGGCGCUCUCCACCUCGGUACAGAUCGCCCGUGGACAGGAGGUACCCAUCACCACGAAGGAGGUCUCCUCCCAGGGGAUAUGCUAGGCGAAUGCAGCAGAGCCCACCCAGGCGCCGGCGAUCGCCAUCGCCACCCCGCCGGCGCCGCUCCCCAUCACCACGAGCCGGUCGAUCUGUUCUGCGACGAGGAGGGAGCUCAAGGGGCCGAUCACCUGCCCGUAGGAAUGAUCGACAAAGGAGCAACAGGGCUCCUUCAUCAGCUUCAUCUUAUUCAUCAUCACAGAGCUCACACAGCAGCUCUGGUACCUCUUCGUCUGGAACCAACUCCUCUUACUCAUCGCGGUCAGACAGCAAGUCAAAAUCGUGA